AUGUCGUCCGAACAUAAGACGGCAUCGAGGAUCCUGAGCUUCCCAGUCGAAGUGUUACAUUUGGUCUUCGAGUUACUUUCGCUGGCUGAACUGCGUGCGCUUAGCCUUGUCAAUAAAGAGCUGCGCACCCAAGUUGAGCCAUUCCUUUACGCAAACAUUCAAUGGCUUUGGCAGGAAGCUCCUUCGCCUCCCCCGAUCACUCAACUCUUACGCACAAUCUCAUGCAGGCCACAUUUGGCUGCAUACAUCACAAAUGUUCACUUAGAUGGAAUGCGCAUCAGAGGUCGCAAUAUGGCAGGCUCUCUUCCCACGACUCCCAUUUCCAGCUCCGAAUUGACCGAAUACACUGCAGUCGUCCAGGGAACUGGAGUACCCUACAGCGACCGCUGGAUACGCGAAUUACAUCAGGGCACUAUUGAUGCUCUUCUUGCUCUUCUGGUAGCACAACUUUCGAAUCUCAGGAGCUUGUAUCUUGGCCCGAUUUUCACGAAAGAAAGUCAGUUUGUCGGGAAGGUUCUCAACUCAGCCCUAUGCAGACCUAAGACUUACAGGCUACCUACUUUCCAAUAUCUCCGGAAUGUGUCUUUCCACCGCGUCGUGGGAACCGACGGCACAAAGCCUAAAAUGACUCCCCGAGAUAGAAGCAAGAACACCGCCAAUGUCCUACCAUUAUUUUAUCUCCCGAACGUCCAAAGCAUGUCUGUCACUGUUGAAAACCCGGAUGUAUUCACAUGGCCUGCAGCGCACUUCCCUGAGCCUUCCAAUCUUACCUCGCUUGAUUUGACCGCUGUACGGGAAGCCUAUCUCGGUGACUUGCUGUCAGUCACGCCAAACCUCAAAACCCUUCGCUGGGCCUGGUAUUACGACUAUGGCGUCGAGGAUGACUUCGUUUCGCCUAUCGUCAAUCUUGAGAGGGUCGCGGCCGCGUUAUGUCAUGUUCGAAGUACUCUAACGGAUUUAACAAUCACAGCUGAUGCCCCAAUUGGAGGCAAUGAGCAGUUUUAUCCCGCUGUCAAGAUGGAGGGCUCGCUGCAUGCCCUCAAUAAUUUCGACGAUCUCAAGAGACUUCGGAUUCCCCUGGCAUUCCUCGUAGGGUUUGUCGAAGACACAACAAAGAGAUUGCAGGAUGUGGUCCCAAGGAAUAUCGAAUUCCUAACCAUUACGGACGAGUUAGGCCUACAGAAUGACGACGGAGAUUAUAAUAGUGCUUGGCCGAUCUAUGAAUGGACGGAUUCUGCCGUUCUGACCUUGCUUCGGACAUGGCUGGAGGAUUGGAGAUCCUGCACGCCUCAUCUUCGUGGAAUAUCUAUCUUGUUCGACUAUAUAGAGGCAAACAGUGGGGAAUGGCCCCCGGACUUGAGGCACCAACUCAUGGAGCUAGGUGCGCAAGCUGGAGUCUCCCUCGACUUAAUCGAAUGGAAACGCGACUGGUAAAACUUUAUCAUACAUCCAGAGCCACUAGGCCAUAUGACUCAAAGCAACCCAAAUUAUGACCGUU